AUGGCGGGCUGGCGGGAGAUGUCGGAGUACGAGCCGAAGGUGGGCCUAGCUGUGCGCGUCUCCGAGACGGCGCCCGAUCACCUCGAAAGCUUUCGAGGCCAGGAAGCCGAGAUCAUCAAGCUCUACGGCCGCUGGUCCCACAUCAGGACGCGGGAUGGUCGCACGGAGCAGGCCAUUUGGCCCUACUUGCUGGUGAGCACGACGCUACCAUCCCUGGAGUUGAGGCCGCUGGACUCCCAGGCAGAUCUCCAACUGGGCCUUCGCGUGUGGGUGAAGUCGACCGCAUACGGGUAUCGAGACCUCGCAGGCCGGGAAGGCGAGAUCGUCCGAGUGCGCGGGAAUUUUGCGGACGUCGCGUGCCAACCCGGUGAAGGCAAUUUCCACUUCUCGGAGCUGCUGGCGCGAAGGGGCGCCGCUGGCGUCACGGCUCCUCAUGACCCGCCGCCACGUGCUUCGCGCCCUGCUUCAGGCCAAGGAGGCUACCACAGCCACCAGCACAACGCCACACCACCUGGAGGACCCGGACCGAACACGGAGAGCAGGCGUGUGAAGCGGUGGGGGGAUGGUCUUGAUGCACCUGCGGCGGGGUCCCGCAACUUCUUCCCGCAGGGCUUCCAGGUAACUCUGGAGGUGCCAGAGGCGAUUCAACGAUUUGGGCACAGUGUCGCUCGUGUCUCGGACAUCAUGGAGUCGCCCAUCCUCAACUAUGCCAUGCGUACGCCACACACUGACACAGAGCUCAGGCAAUAUGCUGACUACAUUGUGCACAUGGAGCGGGCGUUGAGCAUCCUGCCGGCGCAUGUGAGUGAGCUACAGGGCUAUGUCUAUCGUGGCGUGAGUGCCCUUCUCAAUCCUGAGACCUAUGCGGCUGGACGGAGGAUCACAUGGCAAUCGUUUUCCAGCGCAACGAAGAGGCAGCUGGCCACCCUCGACUUUGUGUCAGUGCUGCCUGGCCGCAGGCUUCACGGGUCACUCUUUGUGAUCGACUCGAUCACGGCAAAGGACAUCCGCCACUUCUCGGCGAUCCCAAGCGAGGAGGAGGUACUCUUCCCACCCAACUCGCAGUUCCUGGUGGCAAGGGUGCUUACUGGCGUGGAUGUCCCGACCCCCGAGCUGGGCGGGGAGAGCAUCACCGAGGGAAACAUUGCGGAAUGGAUCGCAAAGGUGGGCGAGAACGUCAAGAAGGACCAGGUGAUUGCCACCAUCGAGACCGACAAGGUCACGGUCGAUGUGAAGGCGCCCCAGGAUGGCCAGCUGCUCGAGAUCAAGAUCCAGGCAGACGAGACCUGCGAAGUUGGGCAGGUUCUCGCAGUGCUUGGGCCUUCGGGGGAGGGCGCGCCAGCUGCCGCCCCUGAGGCGGCCGCAGCGGCAGCGCCAGCAGCUGAGGCUCCGGCUGCAGCACCGAAGGCGGCGCCAAAGGCCGCCCCCGCCCCGAAAGCGGCUGCACCGGCUGCCUCGGCCACCAGCGCCCCCUCCUCGCCGGAAAGAGGUGAGAGGAGGGAGAAGAUGACACGAAUGCGCCAAGCCAUCGCGCGAAAUCUCAAAGAGUCACAAAACACGCUUGCCAUGCUGACCACAUUCCAGGAGGUGGACAUGUCCGGGCUAAUCAAGAUGCGCAAGGAGUACAAAGACAUCUUCCAGUCCUCCCAUGGCGCAAAGCUAGGCUUCCAGUCUCCUUUCUUCCUGGCCAGCGCCCAUGCCCUGAAGCAGAUACCAGCCUUGAAUGCCUACAUUGACAAUGCGACAAAUGAGGUGGUCUUCCGAGACUACAUCAAUAUCGGUUUUGCAGCUGCAACCCCCAAGGGGCUUGUAACACCAGUGAUCAAGAACAUGGAGACCAAGAACUUGGCGGAGGUCGAGAGUGAGUUUGCCCGAUUUGCUGGUCUUGCCAAGCAGGACAAGCUCAGUAUGGACGACAUCACCGGAAACACUUUCACGAUCACCAACGGAGGUGCUCCUCCUGUGCCAAUGUGCUCUGCUUGCCGGUGCGCUCUGAAUGCCCCCGAACCAAACUCCAACCUGGCCCGCAGAAUCCGCCAAUAG